AUGGUUUGCAGUUUUGUUUCAUCCUUCGCGUGGUCUUGGGGACCUCUCGGGUGGUUGAUCCCUAGCGAAACGUUCCCAUUAGAGGCCCGCUCAGCAGGCCAGAGUGUGGCUGUCUGUACCAACAUGCUCUUCACCUUUAUCAUAGCACAGGCCUUCCUCUCAAUGCUUUGCAACAUGAAGUUUGGCAUUUUCCUCUUCUUCACAUUUUGGGUCUUUGUCAUGACAAUUUUCGUUGUGGUCUUAAUUCCUGAGACCAAGGGUGUCCCUAUUGAAGAGAUGACAGAAAGAGUUUGGAAGCAACACUGGUUCUGGAAGCGAUUCAUGGAUGACGUAGAAGAUGAUCCGAAGGGCAAGUUGCAUGCUUGA